AACGAGUCCAACUUUGUCUGCGAAGCUGUACGGUUCGUCAGUGAACGUGGUCGUCAACGUCCUCGCGUCAAAUUCCGCUACGAUACUGAGCCUGCUGUGGAUUACCUACACCGUUUGUGUGAGUGAAUGUGUGCGAGUGUGUGAGGAAACGAUUACGCAUUGGAAUAAUAUGAUCAAACACACAUGUGCUAAUACGCGAAACCAUUGUACCGUGUGACACGUGUGAGCAGUUGCUUUGGCCCGUAACAAGGUGUUGGGUUGUUUGGGCACUGUGGAUGAAGCGUAGCGAAGGCCACAAGUCAGAAGGAAAGUGUUCGGAACGGUGGUUGAAUCCGAGUGAUUGAUUGUGUAAACAACGAGCAUCUAUCUGUCUGUUAUUGAAAUCGUGCAACGUCUGUCCGACGUGCUGUCGUAAGACGUUCGUGCAGUGAUUUCCGAGUGAAGAGUGAAAAGAGUGAAGCAGACGACUAAAGAUCAAUGCAAUUGAUGUGGGUCGAUUAAAGUUGUAAUUUGUUUGGUGUGACUGCAAAACAAAGUCGCCGUGUGUCAGAACGCAUCAAUCUUUGCUGGGAGUGCUUUGUUUGAAAAUACCAUCCAGCCACUCUCGACUGCCAACGAUCGAGCCUUGCGAGUGUGUUUGAUGAGCGUGCAAAUGUGUGUCCGUGUGUGAGAAGGUGAAAAAUAUGACCACUCAAAACGAUGUCCCAUGUGAAUGUUGCAGCAUGCAAUUGAAUCAACGCUUCGAAGUGCAAUUAUUGCACCAAGAGUUUGUGUGCUAAAGUGUCUGCUUGUCAGCAAAUAAAGCAAAAAGUCAUACAAAACAUACCGACGGAACGUUGAAAAGCCUUGACGUGAGAGUGUGUAUGUGAGUGAAACAAACCGCAUCAGCAGAUUAACUGCAUCGUUUAAGCAAACAGUAGUGCAUAUCAUCGUGUUAGGAGCUGCAUUUUUCUUUCGCCAAAGACCGCCCAAAUGGUGAUACUAGAAGGCACCGCAAUGUUACAAGUUGGAAAUAAUCAAUAUCUGCAACCGGACUACCUUUCUCCGCUUCCGACCUCGUUGGAUGCGAAGAAAAGUCCCUUGGCACUGUUGGCGCAAACCUGCAGCCAGAUCGGGGCCGACCCAGGCAACAUUACGGUCAAGUCGCUCGUUUCGCCGUCGGAAAAGAACAAAAAAUCAUCGUCCUCCAACAGCUCCAGCAGCAGCACGAGCAGCACCUCAUCCUCCGGCAGCAAUUCGUCUGCCUCGUCCCAGGUUGAUCCGACGUCGCACUCGUCCGCGUCACGAUCGCCGUCGGUAAAGACGGACAAGUCGGACGCAUCGCCGGAGAUCAAGCUCGCCUUCAAACCGUACGAGAUGAAUGUGCUAACGACGAAAGUGAACCUUAGCAAAACGUCGUCGUCGGUGGACGAUCGUCCCUCGUCCAAGAUGAGCAGUGGAAGUGACGUGUUGAACAACAAUAGUGUGAGCCAAAUCAAUAAUAAUAACGCCAGCCACGGUGAUCACGGUGGGCGCAAAGAUAGUCGGGCCCUGUCGCCGCGUGGCAGCGCCGAUUCGCCAAUGUCGGGUCGUGGUGGUGGCAGUGCUAGUGUGAAGAGUACCGAAAGUGGUGGUGAGCACGGUGGCAAUAAGUGCAGCACACCGGAAGCUAACCGUCGGGCCCCGUCCGCCGGUACGCCCAGUGAUCGUGACAAAGUGAAUGGAAACGGCUCGGGGCCGUCCAGCAGUCCGUCGGCCGGCAUGAUGCAUCCGGGCGCGUUGCCACCGUCGGCCGCGUACAAGGCAAACCCGUACGGUAUGAGUACGGCCGGUUUGCCGAGUCCGUCGGGGAUCGACCACACGAACCCUGCCUUCCGGCCACCGUUCGCCGGUGCAUUUAGUCAUCAUCAUGCGGCGAUGCUGGCGGCCGCCGGCUACUCCGGAGCGGCAGCGGCGGCUGCGGCGGCCAGUGCUGCCGGUGCCAAUCCGUACCUUAGCUACACGCGCGUCAAAACACCGUCCGGCGGUGAAACGUUAGUGCCGAUCUGCAAGGACCCGUACUGCACCGGAUGUCAGUUUUCGGCUCACAAUCAUCAGAUGAUGAUGGGUAGCCAAUGUCCGGCCGGCUGUACCCAGUGCGAUCACCAGAAAUAUAUGGCGAUGGCACUCAGCUCGAUGCCGCCCGCGGGCUAUCCGGGCUAUCCUCCACCGUCGUCAGCUGCUGCCGCCGCUGCUGCUGCUGCAGCGGCAGCCGCGGCCGUAAAUUCCGGUGGAUCGCAACCGCCGGGUAGUGCCGGUGGUGCUGCUAGCCGUCCGUACAUGUGCAACUGGGUCGUUGGCGAUUCGUACUGUGGCAAGCGGUUCAACACCACGGAUGAGCUGCUAUCGCAUCUGCGCACACAUACCGCUAACCUGUCCGAUCCGGCGGCAUUAGCCCUGCAGCAGCAGUUGAUGCCUCUGAGUGGCAUUUUCCCGCCCACUUCGCUUCAUCACCAUCACCGAGGUUAUCCUAACCCGCCGCUGAGUCCACUGUCGGCCGCCCGCUACCAUCCGUACGUGAAGCCCGGUGCAAUGCCCACGGCCAUGCCCGGCUCACCGUACAGUGCGGCGGCAGCGGCGGCGGCGGCUGCCUUCAAUCCGGCCGCCGCCUUCGGGCAGUACUACUCACCGUAUGCGGCCGCCCUCUACGGACAGCGGAUGGGUGCGGCAGUACAUCAGUAGAGAAGCAGGAUGCACAGUGCAAGUGAAGGUGCAGUUUUUGGUGGCUGACGACAGUGCGUAACAUUAGGGGAACAGUACGAGCACAACACACAACAGCAACAACAGAAACCGAAGGUGUCCAAUCGUGUUUGUUCUAUCAACUGUGAUAUUAAGAUUAUUCUGCAAAUGAGAUAUGGAGUGCGGGCAGUGGAAAUAGUAACACAUUAAAUGAAGCCGAAGUGCUGUUAAUACAUCCGUAGAACUCAAGCAACAUCUUACGAAAGGGGGACCGGGACGAACGAUACGGAGCGUAGUUGAACGAAAGUAGUGAGAACGCUGGAUUACAAAUCAUUCAAAGAUCACAGUUUUUGCACCACAACUGCCACUUGGUUGGUGUUGGAACGGACAUUCGGGAAGAUCGCUGUAUUUCACAACUAUUUGAAUGCAAAUUGCCUAACAGGAUCGAUCAAAUGCUGUUAGUUUGAAAACAAAAAAAGAAAAACCAACUCUUCACUAAUCCCGAUAAAUCGGGGCAUAUUAGGAAGUAUGAGAGUGUACUGCAGGAGCCGAUCGUAAGCCUCUUAAGGGUUUAUCAUAUGCAACGCAAGAUCGUCAGUUCGUUAUAUAUUCCGGAAAGAUUUGAGAUUAUUUCACUUCCAUUUUUGUAAUGAGAAAUCUACCAACUAAAAUUCGAUCAUUAUCAAUAUGCCCAGAUAGGGUCCGCGUUUCUGAGGCGGUUCUGUCAGUGUUAUCAGUCUUUGGCUUAGAUGUAAAAUAGUCCUUGGUUUUCGCCACUUUAAUUACAAAAAGAAAAUAUCCUUGUACACCACGAUUCAGCUACAGUCGGUAGAUCGGGUUAGCCCUAGUUUUGCUCUAAAAGAUGUUUAUAUAUCAUCCUUUCCCAAUGAGCGACGUAGGUGCUGCAAAAAGGGAACCCAGAAGAAUGCAUUAUCUGCAUUCUGACAGAUGCUAUUUAUUAUUGCCGUGUUUAUUUGGUUGCUCAUAAUGCUUUAGAUUUUGCCGUAGAUCGGUCGGUAUCGGGAAUACGCAAGUAGAGCAAAAACACAAAAAACGUACACUUUCGAGGGUUGCAUGCAGUGGGAAGCGUUAUAAAAGUUGCAUUCUUGAGGAUAAUAAAGCAAAAUGAAUCAUCUGCUGAAGAAUGAAGAAUAAAUAAAGAAAGGAAGAAAAAACACAAAAAAGAAAGAUGUAGGAAGAAGCGGUGAAACGGCAGGUUACGAGUUGUGUGUUGAAAUUGUAAAUAUGCAGAAAGGCGCAAGACGUUAGCGCUGUGCCACAGCAGCUCACGAGCGCUACGAAAAUGGGUGAAAGAAAAAGGGACGCGAAGGAAGCAAGAGCUCGUUUGUAAGAGAAAAAUAUGGAAUUUAUGAACCACCCUGUAAUAAAUCUUAAAAGGCAAAAGGAGCAACAAAAAAUAUGUGAAAAUAAAAAGGAAACGCCACAUCCUCUAUUAAUUACAAA